AUGAUUUCUUCAUCAAUAACACAUGAUGAUUAUUUAAACCCAGAUAAAAAAAUACUUCUACGAAAGACAUCAACAAAAUCUUUAAAACGAUUAAAUAAAAAAAUACCGAUAUCUAAUACUGAUAUUAAUCGAUCAGAACAAUAUUUCUUUCAAUCACAUCCAUUUAGUGAUCUAACACUUAUUGUUCAAAAUAAACGAUUAUAUGUAGAUAAAAGUAUUUUAUCAGCAGUAUCGAAAGUAUUUCAAACAUAUUUCCAAAAUGAAAAUACGAAUUCAAUUGAAAUUCUUGAUAUUUCAUCAAAUGAUAUGAUUGAAUUACUUCAAUUUUUAUAUCCACAAUUUCAAUGUACAAUUAAUUAUGAAAAUGUAACUAUGUUACUUAUUCUUGGUAGGUCAUUAACUCAGCGUUUUGACAUACAUUUUGUUUCUCAGUCAUGUCGGUCUUUUAUUUUAUUUUAUUUAUCAAAAUUUAAUUAUAUUCAUAUGAAUUUAAUCGAACAAGAAAAUGGAUCACGUUUAAAGAUUUCAACGAUUCUGGAUAAUUUAUUGAUAUGGUUUCGUGAAUUUUUUUAUAUCAAUGAUGAAUUUAUUUGUGAAGCGAUUCUUGAAAAAUUAUGUCAAUGUAAUAAUUCGAAUUUUUAUUUAUCAAAAGUUUUUUAUGAAUUAAAAGAAAACGUUCAAUAUCAUAUCUUUCAAGCACGUGCAAAAUAUUUAGAAAAAGCGUGUUCAUCUAUACUUCCUAUAUAA